AAACUCAUCUAACUGAAAUCAUGAUAUGUGGUCUUUAUGACAAAGCAGAUCACGCUUCUUCCUUCUUCUUCUUGUCUUUCCUUGUCUCUAAGCUGAUACUCGAGAGAAUUUUUAUAAUGGCGACUUCUUCGAUCACUAUACCAACCAUUCGGGGAACCAAGUUUCUCGGCCAGACACAUCUAUUUUCAACUCCAAACCGAUCGGUUCUCCCGCCUUCAAAACAGCAGUCAAACGUUCGUCGAGUAAAGGCCAUGGCUAAGUUCAAUCUAUGGGAGGUGAUGGGAGGAAGAGGAUUAUGCAACGGAGAGAAAGGUAUCGAGAAGGAGCUACAGAGGAACAUAGAGGAAGAGACAUCAAAGACUGAGAACCAGAGAGAGAAAGAGAGCGAUGACGACGAGAAUAGCUUGUCGUUUCAAGUUCCUGAAGACGGUUUCGAGAAAGAGAUGAUGGGUCUCACCGGAGGCUUCCCCGGCGGCGAAAAGGGACUGAAAACGUUCAUCGAACAAAACCCACCACCACCACCGCAACCGAAGAGAGGAGGAAGCGAUGAUGUUGUGUCCACAAUUGCUACGGAGAAGAAGCCGAGAGCUCCAGAGCUACCGCUUCUCAUGCCGGGGAUGAUCGCUAUAGUCAAGAACGCGAACAGUCCUUACCACAUGUACUGCGGGAUAGUUCAGAGGAUCACGGACGGGAAAGCGGGUGUCCUGUUCGAAGGAGGGAACUGGGACCGUCUGAUAACGUUCAGGCUUGAAGAGCUUGAAAGGAGAGAGAAAGGACCACCGGGUAAGAAUCCAAAGUCUUGUGUUCUUGAGCCUCUUAUCGAACAGAUGCAAAACGAGGCAGCACCAUAAGUUGUGGAUCUUUUCUCUAGUCUCUCUCUCUACUCGAUUCCUUUCCUUGUGAAUGUAUAUGUAACGUACCUUUGCGUUUAGGUUUCUGACUGCUUCUAAAAAAAGCUUCCGCAUGUGAUA